AUGGCUUCCAUUUCCACAGUAGCCACCACUGCCACUAACUCAAACAUGAUAACCAUGGAGAUUCCAAACUUUGUCCGAGUUUACAAAGAUGGCACAGUUGAACGCCUCCAAGGCUCUCCAUUUGUGCCACCCACGCUUGAAGAUCCAACUACAAAAGUAUCAUCCAAAGACGUUAUCAUCUCGAACAACCCUCCCAUAUCUGCUCGUGUAUACCUUCAAAACAGGAUCCGAUCUCAGGAGGAGGGUCUCGACAACAACCAUAAAGUCCCCAUCUUGGUCUACUUUCACGGUGGAGGAUUUUUCUUCGAAUCUGCCUUCAGCCAACUCCACCAUAACUAUCUCAACAUGCUGGUCUCCGUAGCAGACAUUUUAGUGGUUUCUGUGGAGUACAGGUUGGCACCAGAGACCCCUCUACCUGCAGCUUAUCAUGACUGCUGGGAAGCUCUUAAAUGGGUGGCCACCGACAACACUGAUCCAUGGCUUCCUAAACACGGUGAUUUCAACAGAGUUUUCAUCGGGGGUGAUAGUGCUGGUGGGAACAUAGCACAUAACAUCGCCAUGCGUAUUGUUUCUCAUCCCUACUUCUUCGGUUCAAAGGCAAUUGGGUGUGAAGCUGUGGCAGGGCAUGAAGAGAGCUCGGGCUUUAGGACUUGGGAGAUGGUUCACCCCUCUUGCCCCGGUGGGCUUGACAACCCGCUGAUAAAUCCGUUGGGUAGCGAGGCACCAUCGUUGAGUGGGCUUGGGUGUUGGAAGGUUCUUGUUUGUACGGCGGAGAGGGAUGUGAUGAGGGACAGAGCAGUGUGGUACUAUGAGCGUGUGAAGAAGAGUGGCUGGGAAGGGGAAGUGGAACUCUAUCAAGUUGAAGGCGAGGAACACGUUUUUCACAUCUACAAUCCACGGACCCAAAAUGCUCACAAGAUGCUAAAGCGCUUUGCGGAUUUUCUCCUCCACUAG